AUGUAUGGAAAUGAUGAAGCUCUAUUGAGAGACACCGAAGCAGGUGAUGCAUCUCUCAUUGAAGAUGAACCUAAAAAGUCUUGUUUUAACAAGAAAUGCAUUACUUUGUCAUUAAUCUCAACAGUUUCAAUAUUAAUUGGUGUUGUAAUUGGAAUGCUUGCUGCAUUUUCUUCUACAAAAGCAGCCACAACAACAAUUUCGAAUCAAUAUGAUGCUUUACCAAAUUGCCAAAUUUAUCAGUCAUUUUCAUGCAAAAACAGACAACAAUCAGCCAUGGACUCACAGUAUUUCGAUAACAGAUGGAACACACCUAAGAGAGGCGAAGACAGAUGGAAACCAGGAUUCCAAGAUAUGUCAACACUCGCAGGUUAUUCACAGCUCAAGUAUAGUGCUGGAAUGAAGUCAUGCACAGUUAAUAUUAUUACAAAAACAUCGAGAAAACUCGAUUUGACUUAUUAUUUUGAUGGAAUUCCACAAAAUACAAAUUCCAAAGUUUACGAUUCAAGCUACAAUAAAAUCCUUAAGGUCAAAGUCAUUGCAGCAACAGGAGAAACAUUAAUUCUUGAUGACAUUGAUUUCGCUUGGAAUGCAGCUCCAUUAAAACAAAGAAACAAUGACCAGAGAUACAGAAACGGCCAAAAGGGUGCUAUCGUUGAAUUAUUUGGCUGGCCAGAUGACGACAUUGCCGAAGAAUGCAAGACAAUUGCAGAAGCUGGAUAUUUAGGUGUCAAAAUCUUCCCACACCAAGAACAAUUGAUGAGUUCUCAACCAUACGAGUGGGAAUUGAACCCAUGGUAUUUCAUGUACCAACCAGUUUCAUACAGACUUGAAGGAAGAAUGGGAACAAGAAAUCAACUCCGAAACAUGAUCAACAAAUGCAGAUCAUAUGGUUUAAGAGUCUAUGGUGAUGCAGUUAUUAACCAUAUGACAGGAAAUGGCAAUGAUUUGUCCAACCACAGAAAUCCAAAUGCAAAUUGCGUUACAUGGGGCAACAAGACAUCAUCUGCAUUUGAAAAUGGAUCUCCAUUCUAUACACCAGCAUAUACAUAUGAAGUUAAUCCAAAUACAGGAAAAGGAACAAACGUAUUAGAAUUCCCAGGUGUUCCUUAUGGACCAGAAGACUUCCACUGCGACAAACCAUGCGAUUCAUGGGCUGAUCCAAACAUCCUUUCAUCAGGAUGGCUCGUUGGAUUAUCUGAUUUAGAUACAUCCAAGGAAUACGUCAGACAAAGAAUCGCUGACUUCAUGGUUGACAUGAUUUCAAUUGGUUUCAGCGGUUAUAGAAUUGAUGCGGCCAAACAUAUUCAUCCAGACGAUUUAGCUGCCAUUUUCAGAAAAGUCAAGGAAAGCUUAGGCGGUAAAUUACCUGAUGACUUCAUUACAUGGUUAGAAGUCUUAACAGGUGGAGAAGCUCCUCUCUUGGUCGAAUUGGACAGUGAUUAUUCUUUCACAAAAGGUUUGACAAGAAAAUUGAAAGAAAACGGCUUGACAGAGGAUGAAAUUCUUAAGAUCAAGAUUUGGUGGUGUGAUUAUCCAAAUCAUCCAGACUCUGAUAGAGGUGCAUUAGACAACAGAAGAAAAGUCAUCCAGAACGAUGAUCAUGACCAACAAAAUGAUGGAUCAUCAAGUAGAAACAUGUAUAAUGAUGGAUGCGUUCUUGCAAGAGGAUGUGAUGCAAAUAGCCACAGAAAUUAUGAAAUAAGACUGUUCAAGUAUCCAAAUGGUGUUUACAAUAACAAGGAUGACUUCCCAAUUAGAUGCAUCCUUUCAUCCUAUUACUUCAUGAAUAAUGGAGCUAAAGGAAUUCCUGAUGGAAAAUCUUCUUGCAGUUUGUGCACAAAGGACUGCAAUGGUUGUAAGGAUAGACCAUAUGUUAAGGCUUAUGAUCCAAACGCUAGAGCUUAUCCUGGCGGUAUCGGUUAUACUUAUGUUCAUCGUGAUUCCCAAAUCAUUGAUGCAAUGAACUAUUGGAUGAACUUAUAA